AGCACACAAUAAUCAGCAUCUCGUCAGAGUAUUCCACACAUAGGCCCGCCGGAGCAUGGCCAAGCAGCUGGAAGACCACCGGAGCGAGGUCGAGGUGGGGGCGAUGACGACGGAGUGGCAGCUGGAACCGGGCGUCGCCAGCAAGCUGUUCGACGUCUUCACCAUGGCCGGCCUCCGCGUCGACGCCAUCAAGCCCGGCCGCGCCAUGAUCUGCUCUUUCACGGUGCCGCCGCGCCUUACGGACGCGAGCAAGCGCAUGCAUGGAGGGGCUUUGGCGUCUCUGGUCGACCUGGUCGGAUCGGCCGCGUUCUUCGCCGGCGGCUCGCCGACGACGGGGGUGUCCCUGGAGAUCACCGUCUCGUACCUAAAAGCAGCCCGUGCAAACGAGGAGAUCGAGAUCGACGCGAGGGUCCUGGGCAUCGGCGCGACGGCGGGGUGCGUGACGGUGGAGGUCAGGAAGAAGGCCACCGGCGAGGUGAUCGCGCACGGCCGCCACACCAAGUACCUCGCCGUCUCCAGCAAACUGUGAUGGAUGGAUCGACGGUCAGGAUGCAUGGAUGGAGCACGCGCGCGAAGCAUUAGGUCGCUCGCAUACAUUAUUCCUCGUGUAAUACAUACUAAGCACACGGUCACGGUCCAGCUACUACUUGUCUAUUAUCUCCCCAAGUCCCCCAUUGCUAAGCCCUUGUUUAGUUGCCUUUAAAAUUCUAAAAUUUUAUAAGAUUCUCCAUCACAUCGAAUCUUU